UCGUCUGCUGCCAUUGCUCUAUACAGUUCUAUAUAGUUUAAACAAUGCACAUCUUGAAACUGGCAUUUAUCUGCUUCUGGUUUGGUUUUGCCGAAAGUUGUCAGACGUUCUGCUCACGAAACUUUCGGCCUGUUUGUGGUUUCGAUGGCCAGUGUCAUACGGAAGCCGUGAAUGCCUGCCAAAUGAAAAAUAUAAAUUGCCAAAGAGCUGAUAAUAAAAAGCCAGUUUUUAAAAUUGUGAGGAGAGGAGCGUGUAAAAGAUUUUUUACAUUCUGUAAAAUGUUACCCGAAGAUUGAACCCGUUUUUACGUCCGGUAGAAUGUCGAAUUGGGAGUGAUAUGAAAUCUAAUAUGAAAUUUUACUUUGAUACAAAAUAUAUGUUUGAAUAUA